GGAAGCAGCAGCAGCCAUUUUAGCUCUACAUGACAUGCCUCUUGCUGCUUUCCCAUCAGCCAUGGAACACAGGCGAACAGAGGGUGAACUAUCAGCUUACAUCUCUGCCGGGCUGACUAUACAGGUAGAGGUGCCAUGGUGACGCUGAAUCACUUGAGUGUAGAGGACCCAGAUGAUGGCUCCCCACUGCUGCCUGAGGCUGCGGCGGCUGCUAUACCAACACCUGUCUUUCUCAGGCAGCGAGCAGUCACAAAGACUGGCUCCAGGGAAUUUUUCCACAGCAGGAGUGAGAACCUUGCCUUCAGUCUGGUGCUGCUGAUCGGAUCCUACUCAGCUAUUCUGAUUCCUGCGUAUUUCCCUUUGGAUGAGGUGGCAACACUCAGCAAUGACUUCCAACAUCCCAAAGAUCUGGUCUUACUAAAUCGAUCAGCCACCCUGCUGGCGGCCCCCUGCCAGCCUCGCUUGUGUCUGAACCACCUCAAGCCCCUGUCCUGUUCUCCAGGCCUUCUAGACAUCCCUGUGUUUGUGCAGCAGGACAGACCUGAGCCCUGGGAUCUGUCCCCUCCUCUGGGGCUCCAGGGCAGUGAAGAGCAUCUGGCCCUGGCUCUUGCCUCUCUGCCCGAGUCUGGCCUGCCUCCAUCACUGAGGAGAGAAGGCAGCUGCAGGCGAUGUAUGGUGGUGGGCAAUGGAGGGGUUCUUCACGGGAGCCAUCUAGGAUCUCAUAUAGAUCAGUACGACAUCAUUAUCAGGUUGAAUAAUGCUCCAGUGCCUGGCUUUGAGAGAGAUGUUGGAUCCCGCACCACCAUCCGCCUGAUUUACCCAGAGGGAGCACCUCACUCUGCGAAGGAAUACAAAAAGACCACCAUGGUUGCUCUGGUGGUAUUUAAGAGCCUGGAUCUGGACUGGCUCACUUCUGUCAUUACUAAACAGCCACUGAGCUUCUGGUCCAAAAUGUGGUUCUGGAGGGAGGUGGUGGAUGACAUUCCUGUGAGACCAGAGAACUUCAGGAUCCUCCACCCAGAGAUUAUUCACAAGACAGGACAAGUUUUACAGAAAUAUGCUCUGAAACAGGGAAAUAUGGUGCCAACAUUAGGUGCCAGUGCAGUGGUGAUGGCUUUGCAGCUGUGUGACCAGGUGAGCCUGGCAGGGUUUGGCUAUGAUAUGCAGCACCCAGAGGCCAGGCUUCACUAUUAUGAGACCAUACGCAUGGACGCAAUGAAUGCUCAAGUGGUGCAUGACGUCAGCGCUGAGAAACUCUUCUUGAGGGACCUGGUGGCUGCAGGAGCUGUGACUGACCUCACAGGAGCUCUGUGAGUCAGCAGUGCAGAGACUGAUAAUACAGUGAACUCCACAUGCAUCUCCCCAACUGUGAGCCUAUAUGGCGUCCUCCAUAGCUGUGCCCUGUUGGAAGAAUCCUCCGCAGCAAGGACUGACCUUUAAAAUGCUCACAGUCUCCAGUGAUGCCCGAUGAGUGAGCAAAUUAAACUCUAAAGAUGAGACAAGCUCAUGAUUGUACAGACUAACCAAAGAAUAUCUCGUUUAAAUUCAAUAAGCUUAUUACAUUA